AUGCAGAAUGCGUGCGAAGUGGAGCUCCGAUGUUCGUUGGUUCGGUUGUUCCCACUUCUCGAGGGUAUGGCGGGUUUAUAUGUGCAUUUGUGCCGAGUCUCUGAAGUCGCUGGCAGCUCUCGCUCGUUCAACAGGCCCAUUCUUCACAUGAGACAGGUGAGAAGCCUUUCCUCUUGCCUGCUCUUGAUGGUGAUUAAGGUGGGCAAUGAAGAGUUGCACCAGUCGAGCUCUCUCUAUCACACACAUGCACACAUGCACACAAGCAUAGAUGAGCACACGCGCAAGAUUGACAUGUGA